AUGGGUAAAGACUCCAAGAUGCCGACAGGCCCGCCCAAGCAUGAGAUGAAGUACUUCCCGGGCUUGACGUCUGAAGUCAGAGCGUUCGGGCAGUUCAGGAAGGUCAUGCAUACUGGGCUGUUCUCUCAGUUGGUAUCGAUGGAGAUCCCAGUUGGCGGAGACAUUGGCAAUGAGGUGCACAUGGUUGAUCAGGUCUUGAUCUUUACCAGUGGUGAGGGCAAGGCUACAGUGGCUGGAAAGGACCAGAAUGUCAAGGCAUCCGAUGUUGUCGUGGUACCUGCUGGAACAGAGCACCAAUUCAUCAACACAUCAAAGUCCCAACCGCUCGAGCUGGUGACCGUCUACUCGCCUGCUGAGCACGACCCUCAGACCGUGCACAAGACGAAAGAAGAAGGAGAUGAGGAGGAAGACAAUGGAAAGGACGAGGCACCAGACUGGAGCCAGCAGUCGAAAGAAGCCAACACGAAGAAGGGGAUUGUGAAGGAGGAAGGUGGACCAUACGAGAACGGAGAUGAUGGAAGACAUAACAGGAAGAUCGAGUAG